AACAAACAGGCAGCGAUGACGAGCUUAGUGCGUGCCUCCCAUAACCAAUCAGACGCCGAUUUAUGGUGCAUGCAUUCAGCUCUCUACACAUGUAAAUGAAUGACGCUGGCUUCUGGAUCACCAUAUGAACUAUGACAGCAUUCAACAGUAACUUUCCGCUGCAGGUCAGAUGCGCAUUCAAACAGUUCAAGUCAGGUGGGAUUGACUGAUGCCGUCUUUUCAGUCGGUGUAACGGGAAAAAAAAUCUCAAUUGAAUUACAUUCUCAAGAAAGGAACGGAAUAACAGCAAGAAUGACGGAUAUAAUGAACAACCCAGAGCACAGUCGAGAAGACUUCACUGCGAGUGCCUCAGGAGAGCAUGGCGUUUCUUUUCAGAUUUUUCCAGACACAAAAGAGCGCCCGCCCAAGCUGUCCAAACGCCUCCCCUCCAUCGUGGUGGAGCCCACAGAAGGAGAGGUGGAGAGCGGAGAGUUACGUUGGCCCCCAGAUGACCUGAGAACCACAGACCCCACGAGCCAAACACACACGCCCUCCCAAGAGAUCACGCAGAUGUCCGAUUCACAAAGCAAGAGUGCAGAUGAAGUCAAGAGCAGCGAUCUGGAAACAUCAGGGGCAGCCGAGCGUAAUUGAAAUUUAAUAAAGAUGUUUCCACAAGUCUAUCAUUA